GAAUCCGGUAGCCCUGGAAGAACAGCCACCAAGUGCUCUUAACUGCUGUGCUAUCUCUUCGGCUCUGGGUUGAAUUCUUAGCACCCACACUGUGGCUUUCAACCAUCUGUAACUCCAGUUCCCAAAUCCUUCUUCUGAUCACCUAUACUGCAGGAAUGUAGUACAGACAUAUACUAGGCAAAUCAGUCAAAAAAACAAAAACAAUAAAAAACCUAACCCUUGAUGAGAUGGCCUACAAAGCCAUUACAUGUGAGUUCUAAAAAGAGAAGAACAAGGAAAAGGUCAUCUCAUUUUAGGCACUGCUCUGAUUUGGGAAUCAAGUCACCAUUUUCUUCUUGUAUUUAAUGAAUAGGUUCUCUUCUAACUUACACCUUACACGAAGAAAACAUACAAAUGUAUCUCUUUGGAGCACAAGAAGCAUUAAAAAACAAACAAGCAAAAAACUCCAAAAACUAAGCAACUAAAAAACUAUUUCAGAUAUCCCUACUUUAAAAUUGCUAUCAUUGAAGAUCAAACUGCAGAUGUAUAAUUACAUGAAUUAAAACAAUAGGUUUGGCCUUUACAGCAGUGACGACCUCCCUACGAGAACAUGCCUCUCCCAAAGGAUCUUCUUCAUCCCUCUGCAGAAGAGGAAAAGAGGAAACACAAGAAAAAGCGCCCGGUGCAGAGCCCCAAUUCCUACUUCAUGGAUGUGAAGUGCCCAGGAUGCUAUAAAAUCACCACGAUCUUUAGCCAAGCACAAACAGUAGUCUUGUGUGUUGGCUGCUCCACUGUCCUCUGCCAGCCUAUAGGUGGAAAAGCAAGGCUGACAGAAGGAUGCUCCUUUAGGAGGAAGCAGCACUGAAAAGUACCUGAUUCAAGAUGAGUGGGAACCAUCUCAAUAAACACAUUUUGGAUAUAAAAAAACAAUAGGUCUGACCUAACAAAAUAGCUCAGCUGUAAAGGAGUAUUUGGUUUGAACCAUGGGAUCCACAGUGGAAGGAGGCAGCUGACUCCUCAAAGUUACUUUUGACCUCUGCACAUGUGCACAGCACAGCCUCUCUGCUGUCACAUCUUCUGCCUUUAUCUCUCUCAAAAAAAUCAUAAAAUUCAACAAAAAAAUAAAAAGCUUUUUCCUGUUCGUUAAAUAUAAUCAUGGAAAAAAAAUACCUCAGCUGGUAUUCCCAAAGUAUUAUUUGUAACAAGUGAGGUGCCACUAGGAUUUGUGAAUACAAAUUUAAAACAUGUGGAAACCACUGGAAUCACCUUGGAAUCAGGGCAGCUGGAACUGUUUCUUCAGGUUUUGGAUUUGGAUUAGAUCCACCAAAUAAUUUUUUUAUAGUAGAGAGUUCUAAAGUCAUUAAUCACCUAGAUGUAUUUAUUCAGUUACUCAAGACUUGUGAUAGGUGGACGUUGUGGAACAGGAUUCCUCCAAGAUUUUCCUUUCUGGAGAAUAUAUAUUCCUAAAAAGCAGAAAUUGCUUGAGGGAAAUCGGAAAAUUUCGUUUUAGGCAAUACAAGAGAUGUACAUCUAAUAUAAAAAGAUGCCCAGUUUAUUUGUGAAAUUAAAACUAUAUGUGACAAGGGUGGUUAGAAAAGUUCACAAUGACUCCUUACAGGGUAUGGCAGUGGAAUGUAGGUUGAACAGCAAUGCCCUACACAGCAAGAAAUGUAGUUAAUUUCUUCCACACCAAGAAAGAAAUAGGAUCAAUUAUGCUAGCAUACCUUGGGGAAAGGAUAUCAGAUAUGAUAGCUCAUGACACAUUCAUUUUAAGUCAGUACAUGCUUACAUAUCAUGUUUGAAAAAAGGCUCUGUGAAAAUGCUGUAUUACUUCUAUUUGUUAUAGAAAUGUUCAAGAUAUAGCCACCCAGAAAUAUCUGCGACACAUUAUGUUCUACUCUUAAAAAAUAUGCUUUGAUAAAAUUUGAGCUUUCAUUUUUGGUUAAAUUUGGCAAGUUCUGCUUCACUUUGCCUUAAGAGUUCAAAAACAAUGUAGGAAAUACUUGAAAAUAUUCAACAAUGUCAUUGGUUUAUAUGAUUAACUGGCAGGCUACAAAAACGCCCACUCACUAUCAUUAACCAUCUGACCAUAACCAAUUAUCAAUCACAUGACAUAUAAAAUCUUAACUUUAUCAAGGUUGCUUAAAUUUUAGAAACAGGAAUUCCAAGAGCUUGGCCUUUUUAGGGAAAGAUAAAAGGAGCCCAAAGAAAGCAAGAACUAAAACUCCGUUUAUGUAAAUAUCUCCCUCCCUUGAUUCCCCAGGAAUACUGGUGGCUUAAUGUUCAUGAAAAAAAAAAUAUAUAUAUAUAUAAAUUCUUAGAAAGACAUCUACAAAUAUAAAAUGUAAUACAUCUACAAAUAUAAAAUGUAUGGCUUCAGACCACAAAUUAUGAUUUACAAGUAGUAAGAAGACAGAAUUCACUAGCAGGCAUGAAAAAAUUAUUCAAAGCCUCAAGGUAUAGAUAUGCCCUGAUAUGGUUGGGAAAUCCAAAUGCACACACAUAUAUCCAUAUAUAUGUAUAUGGACAAUGUAUAUGUAGGAAUUUAUUUGGGUAUCUUGCCUAGUAUGGAUGCAGAAUAAAAGAUAAUAAUAGUAAGAUUUAACAGAAAGACAAAAUGGCUAAGAAUCAUGAAAAUCUUGACUGUCUCAUCAGGCAAAGGUGUGAUUUACUUUUCCAGAGGACCCAAGCUUGAUUCCUAGCACCCACUUCACGUGGCUUAAAACUGCCUGCAAAUUCAACUUCAAGGGGAUCUACUAUCUCUGGCCACAUACCCAAAAUAUGGAGUGAGUGAAUACAGGUAUUAUUCAAGAUAUAAAAUGAUCACAAUUCCAUUCUGGUGACUUCUUACUAAAUGUCUCUAAUACAAAAGUAAAUAAAAGCAAUGGCUCUUGAUCUCUUAAGAAUAUGUCAGUCCUGGGUCCUGUUUGCUCUCAAACCAAUUCUUCAUUUUCCAGGACUCUUCAUGAUAGGAAACCAGACUUCAAACAGGCAAAGCUACCCCGCUCACCUGUCAGCUAACUUCUGGCUAAGUUUGCUAAAAUGGCAAGCACUUGUUCAGGUUGGAAUUCAAGAGGAAGAAGCCAUAUUCCCUGAUUGUCUCAAGAAUCUUUUCUCUGCCUAUAGCUCCCUUAUCAGACAAGUCUUAGUUUCAUCUUCCCAAACAGUAGCCUCUGGGUUGCUUUAUAUUGCCUUUUCUCCUGGACUAACAUGGUUUCCUGCUGUGCUAACUAACCUAUAAAUUGCCUCUCCAAAGCUGUUCAGCUUCUUAGCUUUUGUAUUACUGGUAUAACCAAUUCCCUUAUUAAAUCCUACCACAUUAAACAUACAACUUAGUUUCUGGUUUCUUUUCUGAAUGGGUGCCAACUCAUAAAGAAAGUAGCCUACUUAAGAAAUUCAAGAAAAUCUGAACCCUUCAACCAGAAAGUACUUUUACACACAGAACUUUUUAUCAUUUUGGAGGUUCUUGAAGCUUGACUACAAUAUAAAAAAUAUUGAAUGAGAAAGUUUCAGUUUAGGAAGAAGGAAAAAUUUUAGAAGUGGAUGGUAAGGAUGGUUGCAGAACAAUGGGAUGUAACU